CGCCCGCCGUCCGCCGUCACGUGCGGGCCGCAGCGGCCGCGUAGUCAGGUGGGGACGGCUGAGCCGGGUGCCAGCCAAGGCAGGAAGGGAGGCGGCUGCCGAGCCAUUCUUAAAGGGGCCCCGAGAGAUCCUACGGCGACGGGCCGCCGACGGCCGGAAGGAAAAUGAGUGAGUCUUUGGUGGUUUGUGAUGUUGCUGAAGAUUUAGUGGAAAAGCUGAGAAAGUUUCGUUUUCGAAAAGAAACCCACAAUGCUGCCAUUAUAAUGAAGAUUGACAAGGACAAACGCCUGGUGGUACUGGAUGAGGAACUUGAGGGCAUCUCCCCAGAUGAACUUAAAGAUGAACUCCCUGAGCGGCAACCUCGAACCUUCAUUGUGUAUAGUUAUAAAUACCAACAUGAUGAUGGAAGAGUUUCCUACCCUCUGUGUUUUAUCUUCUCCAGUCCUGUUGGAUGCAAGCCUGAGCAGCAGAUGAUGUAUGCUGGGAGUAAGAACAAGCUAGUCCAGACAGCUGAGCUAACCAAGGUAUUUGAAAUAAGAAACACUGAAGACCUAACUGAAGAAUGGCUACGUGAGAAACUUGGAUUUUUCCACUAAUGUGAACUUCUGUGUUUCUAAAGUAUUUAUGUAUUAACCUGACCAUACUGGAACCAGACAUAAAUAGUUAAUUUAUGCCUAAAAAUGCACUGUUACUUACAGUCUGUUUCCUGCAGUAAAGAAACUUCAUUUGUGCAGUUUGAACAAAGGGAAAUCAUCUUCAUAGUAACGGAACUUUGUGAAGUGUUGCCUUGUGUUUGUCAUUGUUAGCUGGACCAUUGUUCUCCGGGGUGACUAAUUUCUGUAAUUUAUGAUUGGGAAUGACUGUUUGCAGACACUAUUGGAGGGGGGUAUUAGAUUGUGAUGGACACAGGUCCUCCUUGGCCCCCUCCUGGGCACUGGCAGUUUAGAAGUGCAGAGAGAAGAACCUCAUCGCUUGGCACAUCAGCCAGGUUCAUGGCUAAGGGGACUGAUGCUGAGCCAGGAGUCAUGACUGCAGAGCCUCUGCUGCACUCCCUAGUCCUCCUUCGCUCUUGGUCUCCUGUAACUGUUUAAUCAAGUGUAGAAACUACAUCAGUCACUCGUUCUUAAGGUCUGGGAGUUGGAUUUUAUGGUAGAGUUAUGAUUAUUAGGUUUUCUUCUUAAGGGAAGUAGAAUUCUAGUCUUAGAAACUGGUGAGUUAUAGAAUCAAGGGCUUCGUUCCUGGUUGUGUCACUAAUAGGGAGCUUAGAAUGUAGCUUGGUAACACUAUAAAGUAUCUCCUAAUGUCUUGUGAGCACUGUUUAAAUAUGUUAAUACUGUGCCUUUGAUUUGUCAGCAUUAACAUUAGCUUAAGACUUCUACACUGCCAGUAUUCUAGAUUUGGUGAAAUUAAUACUUUUCUAAAGGGUUCAAGUAAAACAAUUUUCUAAUAUGUAUAACUGAAGUUUGUAAUAAAACCAACUUGUUAUUUUUAAAAUUCCAACUGUCUGCCCAAAGUCAUACAUAUAUAUGGUAGGUGGAGUUAUAAUUUGGGGUAUAUUUACUGUUAGUUUCGUGCCAUAUGUAAGCAUUAUUUAAAAGUUUGGUCAUAGUUAAUAACACAUCAAUAGAUGUCAUACCUUUUAUUCUCAAUGUCAGAAGAAAUCCUAAUGUGGACAAAGCCAGUCAUGUUAGGUGGUGACACCAUUGUUAGGAAGCGAGGCUUACAAUGUACUUGCAGUUAUUAUGUUACACUUGAGAAACCAUGUCAGAAACUGCUGAGGAAUAAUUUGAUUUGAAGAGACUGUAGAGGCUGACCAAAUUUUUAUAUUAAGAAAGUAAUUAUUUUGAGCUGAGCAGUGGUAGUGCACACGCCUUUCAUUCUAGCACUUGGGAGGCAGAGGCAGGCGGAUCUCUGAGCUCGAGGCCAGCCUGGUCUACAGAGCAAGUUCCAGGACAGCCAGGACUACACAGAGAAACCGUGUCUCGAAAAACAAAACAAACAAAAAAAUCAUUUCAAAACUAGCAAAAGCAUUAUUACGUUGGCACGUGUUCAUUGUAAAAUAUUUGUCUUGUUUAGGGCUCUGUACCAGCUUUACUGGAGGAAAGAUGGUUUUCACAGUGGAAUAGGGUGUGCUGUAUUCCUAGCUGUGUGUUCACGAACCUGUGUGUCAGGAAGCAAUACAAGUGCUACAGAAGGUGUUUGCACUGGCUAUGAAUGGAAAUCAAGUUGCUUUAUUUCGGUUUCUGGAGAGUGAGAAAACUUCACCCAAGAAGUGUAAGAGUUCACUAUAUAGGUAUUUUGUUAUGGGCUAGAGAAUAGCUUGCUUAUAAUCCUACAGAAAGCAAAUGAGAUCCAAGUAGAGAGUAACUUUAAUGUUUUUUGAAUGAAGCAAAUAAGCUUUUGUUUCACCUGAUUGCAUAAGUACUCUGUUGAAAGUAAUGCUGCACGAGUGUACAUUUUUAAUGCAGUUCUUCAUUUGGGCUUGCGUAUUUAAUUUUGGAAAUUAGACCUGCCAAACACAGGAUCUUACCUCCAGAUCUCUAGCAGCAACACAGAGGGUGGUCAGCAGCCUCCUGUUUAAGCUUGCCUGACCCUUCCCAAGAAAUGUGCCUUCUGCAAGGCCGCAUAUUGGAUUGGGGCAUCAAUAGAACAUUUGUAUUCUGUCUGUCCUUAUGCAGGUUUGUAAGUCUUACGCUCCAGAGUAGUUCUCAAAUAUUUAUGUAAGUUUCCCUUUACAUUCUUUUAAAGUAUUUUUAUUAUCCUUUUUCUACCUUUCCAUAAAGAGUAUGUCCAGAUUUCAUAAUUCCAGCUUUUACACUCCAUGUCUUUCUGGAACAACCAUUCCCACUCAGCCUUAAAUCUUAAUCUUUCCUUUUUGUAAGCCACUCUUUCCAGGAACCUCUUUGUUUUCUAAGUCAGCUUUGGUUUGGAAUUUCUGAUCUUAUCUAAGUUGUGCAUAGCAUCUAAUGUCAGAACCGACUAAGAACCACAGUAUGUAUGUAAUGAGUUUUUGUGACACAGAAGGGACGUAUGAAGAAAGGUAGUCUCAGGUUCCUGUGCUGAAAUUCCAAAAUGUCUGACUUUUGAACAGUAAUCACUUUGUUCUGAUACUGAAACAAUUAUGUUAGGAAAAAAGCUGUUUUGUUUAAUGGACUUCUGAACUCCGAAUUGUCUAUCUGGAUGCCUAGUGCAGUUAAACAUUCUCUUGUGUGAGGGCUGUUGCUGGAUUGUUUGUCAUUAGUAAAUCAUUUGUUGCAAAAUGUGUGUGAACAUUUUCCCUCCCUUUGUCUCCUAUUUUCAGGAGCCAAGCUUAGCCAUAAACUGUAUCCUGGUCUGACACUUUCACUAACAGUUUCCAGUUAGAGGACUUUAUUGCCAAAUUAAACUUGGCUCUUAUCCUGCCCAGAUAGAAACUGAGGAAGUGCACAAAAGACAUGUUCAGACACUUGUAAAACUUGUGUGACGGCAUCAAUCUGUAUAUGGACUAGUGAAUAGAUAUUUUCAUAAGGGUUGAAAUGCCAAUAUUUGGGAAGUAGAGAGUAGAGUAUAGUCUGUCAGUUCUAUCGAGUGUUAAUAUAGUUGUACUCCUUAUUUGUUCUGGAGACUGAUAAUACUGGAGUCCAUAAAGUUUGAACCUUUACAACUUAUGUGAAGAAAUGUUGCAAACAUUUCUGGAUGGAUCUUAUUUUGUAUUUCUGGAAGAAUGUAAAUACUCCUAGGCCUCUUCAUGCUGAUGGUUCCCAGGCAGAUGUUUCGUGUUAGGCCGUUUGACAUUUCAGAUCAGUGAUCAAAUUCCUGUGAUGUUUAAAACAGUUACAUUAAGCUUGUGGUAUUUUUUGCUUUUUAGAAUAUAAAUACUUGAAUACUGUUUGAGCUCACUAACAUGCCAGGGCAAGUCCCACUGAUUUUGAUGGUCCAAUAUAAUCUCAUUCAGGAGGCUUGAAACAUUGGUGGCUUAGUCUCAUGGAUUGAACAGUUCUCUGUCAUUGUUUGAGAACACCAACAACUGGCACCACUUCUUAAGCUGUGCUUUCAGUCUCUGCUAGUUCAUACGCAUGUUUAUUUUGGAGUCUUUUGGUAAGCAUGGUGCUUGUACUGGUUUAAAUAAAAUGCUAACAUGAAAGGA